AUAACUAUCCUGAAGAUUUCAAGCUUGCUCUUUUGAUGUAUUCUCUAAAAACAAGGAAUGACAUUAAACUUUACAAAUCUGAAGCUAUGGUGGUUGCUGCUAAGUGUGUGUAUGUUAGUGAUGAGGGUGUUGAAUGUCCGUGGAGAGUCCGUUGCUCUUAUGAGAAGAGAAAACAUAAGAUGCAAAUAAGAACUUAUGUCAAUGAGCAUACUUGUGUGAGGUCCGAAUAUUCGAAGAUGUUAAAGGUGUCAUCCAUUGGGUAAUUGUUUGAAGAAAGGUUGAGAGUGAAUCCAAAGCUCACUAAACAUGAGAUGGUUGCUGAGAUCAUGAGAGAAUAUAAGUUGGAAGUGUCUCCAGACCAAUGUGCUAAGGCAAAGACAAAAGUUUUGAGAGCUAAACGUGCUAGUCAUGAUUCUCAUUUUGCUAGAAUCUGGGAUUAUCAAGCAGAGGUUUUGUUGCGGAAUCCGGGGACAGAGUUCAACAUUGAGACAGUUGCAGGACCAGUGAUUGGAAGGAAGCAGAGAUUUUAUCGGUUAUAUAUUUGUUUUCAAGCUCAAAGGGAGUCAUGGAAACAAACUUGUAGACCCGUCAUAGGGAUAGAUGGAGCUUUUCUGAAAUGGGACAUAAAAGGACAUCUAUUAGCCGCAGUUGGAAGAGAUGGUGACAAUCGGAUUGUUCCUAUUGCUUGGGCUGUAGUGGAGAUAGAAUAUGAUGACAAUCGGGACUGGUUUUUGAGACAGCUCGCUACAAGCUUGGGGUUUUGUGAAAUGACUGAUCUAGCAAUCAUUUCAGAUAAACAAUCGGGUUUAGUAAAGGCUAUCCAUACCAUUCUUCCGCAAGCUGAGCAUCGACAAUGUUCAAACACAUCAUGGAUAACUGGAAAAGAGACAGCCAUGACAUUGAGCUACAAUGUCUAUUUUGGAAGAUAGCUCGCAGCUACACCGUAGAAGAGUUUAAUAAUUACAUGGCAGACCUAAAGAGGUACAAUAUCCAAGCCUACACAUCUCUACAACUUACUAGUCCGGUUACUUGGUCUAGAGCCUUCUUUAGAACAGGCACAUGUUGCAACGACAAUCUCAACAAUUUGAGUGAGUCUUUCAAUCGGACCAUCAGACAAGCUAGGAGGAAGCCAGUGUUGGAUCUUCUAGAGGACAUCAGAAGGCAAUGCAUGGUGAGAACAGCCAACAGGUUUAUCAUUGCUGACAGGUGCAAAACAAAGUUCACACCGAGAGCUCAUGCUGAGAUUGAGAAGAUGAUUGCUGGAGUCCAAAAUACACAGAGAUACAUGUCUAGGGAUAAUUUGCAUGAGAUAUAUGUCAAUGGGGUUGGCUACUUUGUUGAUAUGGAUUUAAAGACAUGUGGCUGCAGGAAAUGGCAGAUGGUUGGGAUCCCAUGUGUUCAUGCAACAUGUGUGAUAAUAGGGAAAAGGGAGAAGGUUGAAAGCUAUGUGAACGACUACUACACAAGAAAUAGGUGGCGAGAAACCUAUUUCUGUGGUAUUAGGCCUGUCCAAGGGAUGCCAUUGUGGGGUAGAUUGAAUAGGUUGCCUGUCUUGCCACCACCAUGGAGAAGAGGCAAUGCCGGAAGGCCAAGUAAUUAUGCAAGAAGGAAAGGACGAAAUGAAGUUGCCUCUUCUUCAAAUCCGACCAAAAUGUCAAGGGCAAAGAGGAUCAUGACAUGCUCUAACUGCUUGCAAGAAGGGCACAACAAGCAAUCAUGCAAAAAUGCUACUGUUUUAAGUCCACCAACGAGACCAAGAGGUCGACCAAGGAUAAAUCAGGUUUGUAUAUCUUUCAUUUCUGUUUUAAGUCCAUCAAAAACUGAUUGUAAUGUUUGUAUUAGGAACCACAAGGGCAUGUAGAAGGAUCACAAGGACAUGAUAAUGGCUCACAAGGGGUGGAUAAUGGCUCACAAGGGCAGAACAAUGGGUCACAAACACAAACACAAAGGGGAAGAGGUCGUGGAACACAAAGACAUUUGAGAACAGCUCGUGGAGCACAAAGACAAAGGGGAAGAGGUCGUGGAACAUCACAAGUGUCUGAACAACCAGUAGCUGAUCGAAGACAUGGAACUGCACAACCACAACCACAAGUAGAAGCACAACCGCAAGGACUUGCUGGACUUGGAUCAUGGUUUGAAUGUUCUCGUCAAACAUGACAUAAGCUUAGUCUCGUGUUCUUAUUGUUGUUGGAACUUGUCUUUCUUUAUGACAUAAGCUUAGUCUCGGUUUCUUUUUGUUGUUUGAACUUGUCUUUAUAACAUAAGCAUACUCUCGGUUUCUCUUUUUGUUGGUUGAACUUGUCUUUAUGACAUAAUCUUUGACCU